UCGAACUGUUUAGAGGUGUUUCUGAACUGUCUUUCGGCAAACUAGUCGUGUGCUUGUAGACGCGGCUAAUUCGCAUUCAUCGAACGCGCGUACGUUGAAUACAGUCUACUGUUCUUCUGUGUGUCUCACGUAAAUAACUUCAUGAUGAGCUUCAGCGGCAAUUGACGUUAUAAAUGCACACACCUACCGCACAUAGUCAAAAUACAAAGAAACAGGCAUAUAUCAAGCCACAUUUGAUAUGAGCACAUAAACAAUUUGUAAGAAGACACACGCGUGCAAUUUCCAACAAAAAUCCAGCACUUAAACGCUUCCACAUAAAUAACUAAUACUGUUGCCGUUUAAAGUGCAACCCAAGCGCCGCGAUAGCGAACUGAUAUACUGAAGCUGCAGGUGCAGAAAUAAAAAUAAAAACAAAAACGUAAAGCGCAAAUAUAAUCAGCAACGAAUCUCGCACCUUACCGGACGCGGACAACUACGAACACACAACUUUUGUUGUUAUUGUAGGUUUUUUUGUACAACAGCUGUUGCUGCGAAUUUCACGCAUGAAUCUUGCGAGCAUUGCUUGCUGCCCAUGUGCUGUGCGUGAAUUCUAACAACUUCCAAUUUUACCAGCAAUAUUUGCAACAACAACAACACCAACGACCAGCGAAUAACAAGCAGUAUUUCCUUGUGCGCGCAAUCAACGCAACAACAGCGGGCCAGCCACUCCAAUUAGCGUCCGAAUGCCCAGCUUAACGCCGCCAUUCAACACCCAAACGCCAAACUGUGAAAUCCGAAGCGUUUAGCAAUUUCACAUUCGCAGGCUAUCAACACACGAGUACUAUAUGCUUAAAGUAAUAAUAUAAAAAUCAUAAGCGCUUACGAAUAUAUUCCAUUUUACAUAAGAAAAUAAUUUAAAAUUUGCUGAAAAAGUGCCCAUGAAUUGAGUGAGCGCGGAGUACGUCAGUGCCGUGGUUGUUGUUGUGUUUAUGUGUAGUGAUACGAUGCGAUUGCCAGACGCACACACAAAAACGCUGCGAAGAAAUGUGGAAAAAUCGUAACAAGCUCUUAAUAUUUCUGCUUUGGAUCAUGGAAAUAAGAUUAGUAUCCAGUUUUACGUCGGCCAUCUGUUCCCGCAUACCUGGUCUAACCCCACAACAACGGCAGCUGUGUAGUGAGUCGCCAGAUGCUUUGAUCGCGUUGGGUGAAGGUCAUCAGAUGGGAUCGCAUGAGUGCCAGCACCAGUUCCGCGGACAUCGUUGGAAUUGCUCACAAGUCUGGCAGGAAGGUGUUUUUGGACACGUCAUGUUUGUCGGUUCACGCGAAGCGGCCUUUACUUAUGCCAUCGCCAGCGCCGGAGCGGCGCACUCUGUGACGGCAGCCUGCGCGCGUGGAAAUAUAUCUUUGUGCGGCUGCGACAUGCGCCACAAACCCAACAGUGACUCGCAGUCUUGGAAGUGGGGCGGCUGUUCGGCCGAUAUCAAUUUUGGCAUGAAGUUCACACGCAAGUUUCUUGACGCACGCGAAAUCGAAGGCGACGCACGCACGCUGAUGAAUCUGCAUAACAAUCGCGUUGGUCGAAGGCUAGUUAAGAAUCUGCUAAAAACGGAGUGCAAAUGUCAUGGCGUGAGUGGUUCGUGUGAGAUGAAGACGUGUUGGAAGAGUCUGCCACCUUUCCGUCAGAUCGGCGAGGUGCUUAUGCGGAAAUACAAAAGAGCAAAACAUGUGCACGUUAAAGACGUAAAUGGACUGAAACAAGUAUUAAGGGAGAGGAAUAGCAGCCGUGAACUAAAGCGUAUGGAGCUGGUCUAUCUCCAAAAGUCGCCAGAUUAUUGCGAGCGCAACGUGCAACAAGGCAUACUCGGCACGACUGGUCGUGCUUGCAAUCGUACCUCGAGUGGAACUGAAAGCUGUGAUAAAUUGUGCUGUGGGCGUGGCUAUAAUACGCGUCAAGUACGACGAAGAGCACAGUGUCGUUGUAAGUUCCGUUGGUGCUGCGAUGUCACCUGUGACGUGUGCGAGGAAAAUUACGAGGAGUUCACGUGUAAAUAAACGGUUAAUAUAUAUACCAUUUUAGGCUAUGUUUUAUAAAAAUAUCAGAAAAAACAAUUACAUUGUUAGCUAAUUAUUUGUUCUUUGUAAGAUAUUCUCUGCGUGUAUAUUAUAGACAUAAGUUUAUUAGUUCUUAGAAGUGUUAAGUAAG